GAAGAAUGAAGUAAGCGCGAUGGAGCCGGACAAUGCCCUGAACUCCAGACUCAAAGCAGCUGGAGUCGGGGGGAGAGCUGUCUUUCUCUGCAUGGUUCUUUACUGUACGUGCUGUCUGAGGUUUGCACAAGCACAGUCUGCAGAUGUGGACGUGCUGCAAAGACUGGGAUUGGUUGGGAAACGACCAUCUGGGACACGCUCCACACCCCAAGGUGUCAUCCCCUUCAAAUCAGGAGUCAUCCUAACCCAGAGGGCGCGAAUUGACGUCCCAGUGAGCUCAGUCGUCCCGGCGUCACUGGGCUCGGCGUUCUCUCUCAUCCUCAGCGUAUGUUCACAUCGCAUAAACAAUGCUUUCCUCUUCACCAUUGUGACAAAGAGGAAAAGACUGCAGCUAGGGGUGCAGUUCAUCCCUGACCAAAUCUUAGUUUACUUGGGCCAAAAGAACACUGUAAAGUUCGAUUAUGAUGUUCACAAUGGUCAGUGGCACAACCUGGCUUUGGAAAUCCAGGCCCAAAGGGUUACUUUAUAUACUUCUUGUGGGAAGACAAGUGUACAUGCACAUUUGCAUUUUAAAAAUGAGGAAACGCUGGAUCCAGAGGGCUCCUUUCGAUUGGGAAAAACAAGCCAGAACUCAGUGCAGUUUGAAGGAGCCAUCUGUCAGUUUGAUAUUCAUCCCUCUGCUAAGGCAGCUCACAAUUAUUGUAAGUACAUUAAAAAACAGUGCAGGGAAGCUGACACUUAUCGGCCAAACCUCCCUCCUCUUUUACCGCUAUUAUCCCUGGAUCCCAAUAUAUCUGUUACCGUUCAGACCCCAAAUGUUGUAACAGAGGUAAACGACAGACAUCUUUCAUUAACACAAGACAAAGUACGCUUUAAUCAUGAAACCUCACAAGUCCUAAACACCUCCGUUCUAAUUACAUCUCAGUCUGUACAAAGCACGGUGCCACCGACGAUAGCCCAGCCCACACUACAGCUCCCCCUGCAGGCCACAUCACAAACUGCCAUGGCCUCCUUUGGGAGUAGGACAUCACAAAUAUCUUCAAAGCCAACUCAACAAAGCAGUCCCAGGAAGAACCUCAUGAAGGCAACUGUAAAGCCCCAGAUACUAAAAGAGAACGGGAUGGCUGUCACCUCCACACCAGCAGGCCAACAGAAGAACAAACUGGAUAUCCAGACCCCUGCCACAACAAAACCUAAACCUUCUAGCACAUCCAGAGUGUCGGAGAUGACAACAUUAGCAUCACAGAGACCAUUACCAAAGGAGACCUCCAAACCCAGCUCUUUUGAGCCCGUCACCCCUGCAGCAACGGAUGGUUUCCAAACCUUUGACCUUGAACUAACCCAAUACUCCCUCUUGGCUGGGCCACCAGGACAGAAAGGAGAACCAGGACCACUGGUAGGAUGUUCUUUCUUUUUUUAA